AUGUCGAAUAUGACGGCAGAGACAACCACAGCAACAACAGGACUAACAGACGCCAAUGCGCCAAUAUCGAAGUUUAUCCCAUACAUCACUCGUGGAUUCACAAUUCUCGUCUCAACAUCGAAAUUCUUGCUAUCAUCCUUACGACCUGUUCUUCUCCUCUCUCCUCUUCCGGUUCUUCUCUACCUCUUCGCUCCUGUAACGGUCUUUCUCGAUAUCCUUGCGACAGUUUUCGUACGAUCACCGUACCGCAUCGUAUCUUACCUUCUGGACGCCCUCUUUCCGCUCUAUGUCUUCUGUGGGGUAGCCUGCAUCACUGGCGGAGUGCUGGGCCUCGCGGGACGCCUACUUUGCCGCGUCAUUCUGAAUGCGGUUCAACUCAGAUCGGAGGACCAAGAAACCACGGUCGCUGGCGCUGGCGAGGUUCGCAUCAAGAAUGUGCCGGAAGAAGGCCGCAAACGAGAGAAAGGGAAGAGGGUUGACAGGGAAAGGGUCAAAUUUGAAUCAUGA